AUGGCUGCGCAGGAGCUGCGAUAUGAUGGCCAGACCGUUGUGGUCACGGGCGCUGGUGGUGGUCUCGGUCGCGAGUAUGCUGUCUUCUACGGCAGUCGCGGCGCGAACGUCGUUGUGAACGACUUGGGUGGCAGCUUCAAGGGCGAGGGCGCGGGCUCAGCGGCCGCAGACAAGGUCGUUGACACCAUCCGCUCCGCUGGCGGAAAGGCGGUCGCCAACUACGAUUCGGUCGAGAACGGAGAGUCCAUCAUCAAGACUGCUAUCGACACAUUCGGUCGCAUUGAUAUCCUUAUAAACAAUGCGGGUAUCUUGCGCGAUGUCAGCUUCAAGAACAUGAAGCAGGCAGACUGGGAUCUGAUCUACCGGGUCCACGUUCUUGGGGCUUACAAGUGCGCGCAUGCCGCGUGGCCAUACUUCAGGAAACAGAAGUACGGAAGGGUGAUCAGCACUGCGUCUGCUGCCGGUCUUUUCGGAUCUUUCGGACAGACAAACUACUCUGCUGCCAAGCUCGCUCUUGUCGGUUUCACCGAGACACUCGCAAAGGAGGGCUUGAAGUACAACAUCCUCUGCAACGUCGUCGCCCCGAUCGCCGCCAGCCGAAUGACCGAGACCGUCAUGCCUCCGGAUGUUUUGGAGAAGAUGAAGCCUGAGUGGAUUGUCCCGCUCGUCGCUGUCCUUACACACAAGUCGUCCACUGAGACUGGCGCUAUCUUCGAGGCCGGCGCGGGUCACGUCGCCAAGCUACGAUGGGAGCGAGCCUCUGGUGCUCUGUUCAAGGCCGACGAGACCCUCACACCCGAAGCUGUUCCAGCCAAGUGGAAGGAUAUUGUCGACUUCUCCAAGGCUGAACACCCACAAGGCCCGGCGAACGCGCUUGAGCUCCUCGAGCAUGCCAACCAGCUGCCGCCCAACCCCAAGGGCGAGCCUCUUGACUUCAAGGGCAAGGUCGCUCUUGUCACUGGUGGAGGUGCUGGUCUCGGUCGCAUCUACUGCUUGCAGUUGGCGAAGCGUGGUGCCAAGGUUGUCGUGAACGAUCUUGUGAACCCCGACAACACCGUCCAGGAGAUUCAGAAGCUCGGUGGAGAGGCUGUCGGCAACAAGGGCGAUGUUCAGGACGGCGAGUCUGUCGUCAAGACCGCCAUUGAGACAUAUGGCCGCAUCGACAUCCUGAUCAACAACGCUGGUAUCUUGCGCGACAAGGCGUUUGCCAACAUGACCGACGAGCAGUGGGACAUCAUCCACAAGGUUCACCUGUUCGGUACCUACUCCUGCACUAAGGCCGCCUGGCCUUACAUGCUCAAGCAGAAGUACGGCCGCAUCCUCAACACCACCUCUACCAGUGGUAUCUACGGCAACUUCGGCCAGGCAAACUACGCCUCAGCGAAGUGCGGUAUCCUCGGUUUCUCGAAGUCCCUCGCUCUUGAGGGCAAGAAGAACAACAUCUUCGUCAACACCGUUGCUCCCAACGCCGGCACUCAGAUGACCCGCAGCAUCUUUCCUGAAGAGGUUGUACAGGCCCUCAAGCCCGAUUAUAACGCUCCUCUCGUCAUUCUUCUCGUUUCCGACAAGGCUCCCGAGCCAACAGGUGGCCUAUACGAGAUGGGUUCUGGCUGGUUUGCGGCGACCAGGUGGCAACGCUCUGGCGGACACGGUUUCCCCGUGGACGUCAAGCUCACUCCCGAGGCUGUUCUCUCCCAAUGGGAACGCAUUACCAACUUCGACGACGGCCGUGCCGACCACCCCUUCGACAACGCUAGCGGUCUCAAGUCUAUCAUGGCCAACAUGGAGAACACGAGCAAGAAGAGCAAGGAGAAGAAGCCCACCAAGAGCAACGAGGAGGUCCUCGAGGCUCAGAAGAAGGCCUUGGCCGCUAAGGCUGAAGGCACACCCUUCGAGUACACCGAGAGGGAUGUCAUUCUUUACAAUCUCGGAAUUGGCGCCAAGCGCACCGACCUGCCCUUCGUCUACGAAGGCGACGAGAACUUCCAAGUCAUCCCCACUUUCGGUGUCGUUCCACCCUUCAACGCCGAACCCCCCUUCUCCUUCGACGAAAUCGUCCCCAACUUCGACCCCCGCAUGCUCCUUCACGGCGAGCAAUUCCUCGAAAUCCGAAAAUUCCCCAUCCCCACCGAAGCCAAGCUCGUCGCCGUACCCAAGCUGGUCGAGGUCGUAGACAAGGGCGCCGCAGGGCUCGUCGUAUAUGGAAGCGUUACCAAGGACGCAAAGACAGGCGAGGAAAUAUUCUACAACGAAAGCACAGUCUUCAUCCGCGGCUCUGGCAACUUCGGCGGUCAGAAGAAGGGUGCUGACCGCGGCGCCGCAACAAAGAUUCACAAGGCACCUGAACGCGCCCCCGACACCGUCGUUGAGGAACGCACAACCGAGGAGCAAGCUGCUAUCUACCGUCUCUCCGGCGACCUCAACCCCCUACACAUCGACCCCCAGUUCAGCAAAGCCGGCGGCUUCCCCACACCCAUCCUGCACGGUCUGUGCAGCUUUGGUAUCUCUGGUAAACAUGUUCUGCAGACGUAUGGUCCGUUCAAGAACAUCAAGGUCAGGUUUGCGGGUGUUGUGCUGCCGGGUCAGACACUGAUUACCGAGAUGUGGAAGGUGGGUAAUACGGUGCUGUUCCAGACUAAGGUUAAGGAGACGGGUAAGCUAGCUAUUAGCGGGGCUGGUGCGGAGUUGAUGGGUGGUGGGAGUAAGUUGUAG